ACUGAACGAGGCCAGGUCAUAAGCUGUCCACAAAUUUGUCAAAAUGGCUUCUCAAAUGAUGAACGUUUUUCGCCGUCAAUUUUCUACUUCAUUGACAAGGAGAUCGACAGCAACAGCUCAUGGUCCGGCAGCGGAAGAUGCAGCAGGUUCAGCCAAGACGUGGAAGUACAUGUCUUUCCUGGUAGCGAUUCCAGGAGUGAUAUUCUGCAUGGUGAAUGCUUACAAAGGAGAAAUGGAACACAAGGCUCAUUUUGCCGCUCACAAGCCUGAGUUUCAUGCAUACACACAUCUUAGGAUUAGGACAAAGUCCUUCCCAUGGGGAGACGGCAACCAUUCUCUCUUCCACAACGUCGAAUCCAACGCACUCCCAGAGGGUUAUGAAGAAGAAUAAUUCCACCGCCUCUGAAGAUGUCUAGAUUCCUCAUCUAUUCUUAUUGACGUAUUAAGAGAUAUGCAUUUGAAAGCUGUGAAUAUUAGAGUUGUUUGGACCAGACUUGCCCAUUAGAUCUGGCUUUGAUGUGUCAUUUUGCACCACAGAAAUGCUUUGGAAUGAAUACCAAUUUAGACUACAGUGCUAUUGUAUAUGAACAAGAAUCCAAACUAAUUUGUUAAUAUCGACCCUCCCAAUUACAAUUUGCCGUAAAUCUUCUUCAUGGUUUCUUUGCUCAUUCAUUGAAGGCACAUUUGAAACAUGUAUGAAAUAACAAAGAGUGAAUAUACCAGUAUUCACUUUUAAUGGGAUGUUUAAUGUCAGCAUGAAAAGAAGAAACAACAAAAUAAUCUCUGUCCUUCUAGUUCUUUCUACUUUAAAUGAAUCUCAGGAUUUCCCUGAAUUGAUUUGUUUCAAUAUGAACAGCUGUAAUCGUAUGCAUUGAUAACUGCAAUCUAUGUAUGAUAUAUAUUGAAGCACUUUGUCACCAAACUUUGCUGUUGGAUAUUAAAGUGUGAAUUAUUUAGAAACUUA